AUGCUUCUAAAAGGAGAGCUCCAUGUCGCUCCAAUUACCAAACCCAGGAGAGUACUAGAUCUGGGCACAGGCACCGGAAUAUGGGCCAUUGACUUUGCAGAGGUACCGCCUAAUUGUCGCUUUGAAAUCGACGACUUUGAACAACCAUGGUCUUACAGUCAGCCGUUUGACUUCAUCCACGGGCGCGAGCUAGAGGGCGCUAUUCGCGAUCAUGACAGAUUAUUCCAACAAGCAUUCGAGAACUUGAAUCCAAAAGGAUGGUUCGAGAUGUCGACUAUUGAAGUCAAUACUUAUUCCGAUGACAGAUCACAUCUCAAGGCCACAAGCAUGCUGGAAAGUGUGAAACACUUGCACGCAGGGUCAAAGAUGUUCGGAAAGGAUAUGGCCUCCGUGGUUUCGUGGAAGGAGAAGAUGGAGAAUGCUGGAUUCACUAAGGUGAAGGAAGCAAUUUUCAAACUUCCACAAAGCCCCUGGCCCAAGGAUCCUAAGCUCAAGGAGCUAGGCCGGUAUCAUCAGCUCAACAUGCUAGAGGCCAUGCCGACUUAUAGUUACGCGCUAUUCACACGCAUGCUUGGAUGGGAUCGAAUUCAGAUCGAGGCGCUUUUGGUAGGCGUACGCCACGAAUUAAAGGAUUUGUCGAACCAUUUGUAUUCAAAAGUACAUAUAGUAUACGGGCAAAAGCCCGAAUGA